UUGCAGAUCGGCUAGUGUUCACAGCCGGAGAGUGCAGAGCUCGGAAUUUGUGAUCCCAAUUCAGGGUUCGAUGCCUGCUGAAUGGACAGAAUCGGGAGUGAAGGACCGGAUGAAACAACAGUCCCCAUGCACGUGCUACCCGACACGCCCUUGAGACUCCCUUCGUUUCUGGAUCCUCCUCUUCCUCUUAACAUCGACACGAAAGGGGAAAGUGAUAGGAAUAAUAACAACAGGAUGAGUGGGUUGGGUGUGGGGAUCGCAGGGGGAGUAGGAGGGUCGGGACCUCCUCCCCUACCCCCCACGGCGCCGCCCCUCUUCGAAUCUCCAGGUGAAUAUAUUCAGCAGGAGAUACCUGGGGAACUUGUCCCUACCGCCAGUCCCAACAUCUUAUGCUCCAAACUACCUACUCAUUGGCGAGGUCAGAAGGAUCUAAUGACACUGCGCGCCACGUCCUUUCCCACUGGCACGGCGAACUCGUCAAUUGUCAUCUACAUCGGUUUAGAUUUGAGCAUGACCGUCCAUCCCAACUUGUCGGGGUCGCAGUUGAAGCAGGCCUCGGAGAGUCCUUAUAUAGUAUCUAGGUGGGACAACGGACUCGAACUUGGCAAGAAGAUUGUGGAUUAUCUCGCAACAGAGCUUCGCAACAUGAUCCCUUCACCUUGUGAGAAGUCUGCAUACUGA